AUGCGUUUCCUAUUGUCUAUAGUCGCACUGAUAACGACGACACUCACCGCACCACACGAACCUAUCCAAUCUCUCGACUUCUCAUCAUAUGGCCUUACUAGCCGUGCUGACCCAUCAUUGACAAGAUAUCUGGGCGUCUUCUUCCUCGGCGACAAGCCCUCCGUCUACUUCUACCUCUCUAACGGCAACAACGCAAUCAGUCUGAAAGCCCUAAACAAGGGUACCCCCGUCAUCAACCCCACAAAGGGGACGCAAGGCGUGCGCGACCCCUCUAUCAUCGCUGGCGGUGGCGCCGAAGCAGGCAAAAAAUGGUAUAUCAUCGGCACCGACCUUAACAUCGGCAAGACGACCUGGGAUGCCUCGCAGCGCACCGGCAGCCGAGGAAUCUUUGUGUGGGAGUCGACGGACCUCGUCAACUGGACCAACGAGCGCCUCGUCGUCGUAGAGGAUGAGACCGCGGGGAUGGUCUGGGCGCCCGCUGCCGUGUGGGACGCGGCGAAGGCGCAGUACGCAGUGUUAUGGGCGUCGAAAUUCUACGCUGCGAGUGAUUCGAAGCAUACGGGAAGCCCGUCGGCGAUACGCAUCCGAACGGCGUAUACGUCUGACUUCAAGACAUUCUCUGCGCCAAAGGAUUAUAUUAAUUACAGCCCGACGAACAUCAUUGAUAUCGAUGUUUUGCCCCUGGGAAAUAACGCCUACGCCCGUUUUCUCAAAGAUGAGAGCGCGAAGACCGUGUUCAUGGAGGUUUCUACGACGGGAUUGUUCGGGACGUGGUCGAGGCCGGGAGGAAACAAUGCGAUCAUUGAGAAGGGCGUGGAGGGCCCGGCGAGCUACUGGGAUAAUCAGGUUGACGGGAAGGCGCAUUUGUUACUAGACUUUUACGGGAGCGAUGGGUAUCAUCCGUAUAACAGUGCAGAUGUUAAGGGGGGGAAGUGGAGUGCGAGUGAUAGGGGUGCGUUUCCAAAGAACCUAAGACACGGGAGUGUGCUACCUGUGACGGAUGCUCAGGCUACAGCUGUAAGUGCGAAGUGGCCAGCUUGA